AUGCCCGGACAACAACAUCAACAACAAUUACGCGGCAUCAAGCAGCCGAGCGGCAGCGUCCAAUACCUGCCACGCUCGAAAGAUGAAGAUAUGACGUCUGGAGAAGCCCACGAGGGCGUCAACAGCGCAGCACUCACCCCCCCCAACAGCUCGGACGACCAGCAAUCGCAAGCAAAAGAGAUGGAGAAAAUCAUCUUCGACACCGGCAUCCAGGAGUUCAUCCUCAAAGCGGCUGACUUUUGGACCGACGACCCCGGAGCCACCGGAGACAUUCUCAACGAUUUGACCUACAAACUGGGAGGACUGGUUACUCUCAUCGGCAACCCCAUUAUCCAUUACCUCCAAAUCGACAGCCAAACCACCGAGAAGUAUCUCUCCGUCAAGCUCAGCGACGAGCACUCAAAGAACUAUCUCUUCGACUUAGCCUUCAACAAACCAACAGAGGCAACAAUCCCCGACGCAAACGAUAAAAGCUCCGAAAUGGCUCACAACAAUGGCGACAAGGAUCUCGGUAACUCCGACAGAAAGACCGACCUUCAAAUCGCCGAGAACAGAGGUUGA